AUGAAAUCACUGAAAUAUCUGGACAUGAGCAACAACUUGCUGCGCCACGAUGGAGCUGAUGYACAAUGCCAGUGGGCUGCAUCUCUGACAGAGUUGGACCUGUCCUCCAAUCAGUUGGCAGAUUUUGUCUUUGAAUGCUUACCAGUCAACAUCAAAAAACUCGACCUACAAAACAAUCAGAUCAGCAGUGUCCCAAAGGGGCUGGCUGAUCUAAAAUCCUUGGAAGAGCUGAACCUGGCAUUGAACAGGCUGGCUGACCUGCCGGGGUGCAGUGGCUUCACAUCCCUGCAGUUCCUGAACAUAGAGAUGAACUCGAUCCUCACCCCAUCUACUGACUUCUUCCAGAGCUGCCCAAGGGUCAAGGAGCUCCAAGCUGGGCACAACCCAUUCAAGUGUUCCUGUGAACUGCAAGACUUUAUCCGUGUGGAGAGGCAGUCAGGGGGGAAGCUGUUUGGCUGGCCAUCAGCGUACGUGUGCGAGUACCCGGAAGGCUUGCGAGGCACGGAGCUGAAGGACUUCCACCUGAGUGAACUGGCCUGCAAUACAGCGCUGCUGCUGGUGACAGCCCUGCUGCUGACGCUGGUGCUGGUGGCUGUGGUGUCCUUCCUGUGCAUCUACCUGGAUGUGCCCUGGUACGUGCGGAUGACGUGGCAGUGGACACAGACGAAGCGGAGAGCUUGGCACAACCACCCCAAAGAGCAGGAGACGGUUCUGCAGUUCCACGCGUUCAUUUCCUACAGCGAGCACGAUGCGUUGUGGGUGAAGAACGAGCUGAUCCCAAACCUGGAGAAGGGGGAGGGCUGCAUGCAACUGUGCCAGCACGAGAGAAACUUUGUCCCCGGCAAGAGCAUUGUGGAGAACAUCAUUAACUGCAUUGAGAAGAGCUACAAGUCGAUCUUUGUGUUGUCUCCCAACUUUGUGCAGAGCGAGUGGUGUCACUAUGAGCUGUACUUUGCCCAUCACAAGUUAUUCAGUGAGAAUUCCAACAGCUUAAUCCUGAUUUUACUGGAGCCGAUCCCUCCCUACGUUAUCCCUGCCAGGUAUCACAAGCUGAAGGCUCUCAUGGCAAAACGCACCUACCUGGAGUGGCCGAAGGAGAGGAGCAAGCAUGGCCUUUUCUGGGCUAACCUGAGGGCAGCUAUU